AUGUCAGGAGACGUCCUUCGCAAGCUCAAAAAUGCCGGUCAUUUCCCAUGUCGUCACUGCCAUAAAAUCUUCAAGUACGAAAGAAAUCUUCGUGAACACGUCUACGGAAACCAUCCACCAACGCAUUACUGCUUUUUGUGCGAUGAUCGCUUGCCGAACGAGCAUAAACCGCUACAAAUCCACAUGACCACUGUCCACAAGCUCCCUGGUACUAUCACUUGCGAUUGCUGUGACGCUACGUUUGCAAGAAAAUCCAUUUUUGAUAACCAUUGCAAAGAAGUUCGGAAUAAGGCAAAGAUGAAGCACGCAACACCCAUCGCAAAAACUAUCCGUUAUCGGGAUCCAAUUUUGACAGCAUUUCCUUCUGUCAACUAUAAAAAGAACGUGGAAGCAGAACAGCCAGCGGAGAAGAGAAAAUCUACAAGGGAACUCCCUUUCAAAGUGAUCUACUCUGACGACAAAGUUAUUCCACGUUGUGCUCUUCCGAUUCUCGCAGAAGCUGCAGUUGAUAUCAUUAACGCUAUGGGAUUGGAAAAUUUGGGAAUUAUUGUAAAAAAGCAAAAUCUUGAUCGCGGACCUAUGAGUAAGAAACGAGAAGAUGGAAUCCUGAUAGAGCUGUGA